GGAUUCCCCAUCCGCAUAAAAGGCCUCGUCGGGCACCUAAACUCCAUACCUAGCGGCAUCAACAAAGUAGACAUCCCAUCAUCCCUCAUAUACGCCAGAUAGGCUGCGGCCAUGACCGAUGCAUCUGUGGAAACAAAGAUGGACAUCAAAUCCAUCGGCAUCACCUGCCUCAACCUGCUCGAGUCGUGCUGCUACAAGACUCAAGAUGCUGAGCUCGAAACUAAGCUUGAAAUAGAAGAACGGCGCUUUCGGUCAUGGACGAACAAACUCAAUGUUUUUGCGAGAAAAAUCAGCCUAGAUAUGCAGCUGCGUUCCGAGGAGAAUAGAUACAUCCGCGAAAUGGUAUUGGCACUACUGGACGUGUUGAGAGAGAAUCUAACAGCAGCUAACCGUUUUCUCUCGUGCAACCUCAGCGCUUGAGCUCGCCUUGAACAAGAAUGAUAAAACUCAUGUUGCGGAGGUGGAGCAUCUGCUCUACGGCGUUGACGGCUGUCUGAAGCGUCUCGGCAAGAUUGCACACGCCCUGCUCGAAUCUAUCCAAGCCAGCUUGUCAAGACGGAUUGUCACUUUUGCCAAGAAGCAAAGCCGCAAGCACGGCAUCGAUGAUUCA